UGCUGUUGCUGAAUCGGACGAGCCGAAUAUUCUAGGUUUACGAGGUCGCUGUCAAGGUGUCAAGUCGAUUUGAUUUUGGAUAAUUGUAGGUUAUUUAGAGGAAAAUAAUAUUAAUCCUUCAAAAAAUAGCCAAAGUAAAUUGGUUUAAUUUGUAAUUGAAGAUUGCUCUGUCUUUUAGGUGUUUGAAUCUGUGAUUAGAUAAUUUAUUGUUAAACAUGGCUAAAUGGGGCGAAGGUGAUCCUAGAUGGAUUGUAGAGGAAAGGCCUGAUGCCACAAAUGUAAAUAAUUGGCAUUGGACAGAAAAAAAUGCUAGCCCCUGGUCUCAAGAGCGAAUAAAGGAAUUGUUUAAAGAUGUUCCAGUAAAAAGUGAUGAGGCUGACAUUAACAUUACCGAGGUUGAAAAAUUGGAAGGUGAAGCGUCAGCUAACAAUAGAAAAGGGAAAUUAAUUUUUUUCUUUGAAUGGGACAUUGUGUUAAAGUGGAGUGGGAAACUGAAGAAAGGAACAGAUAGAGAUUUUAGUGGUAAAGUCAAAAUCCCGAAUCUGUCGGAGGAAAAUGAUGUCUCUGAGUUGGAUAUUCAAAUUUCCGUAAAGGAUGAGGAUGAAGAAGGUUCCAAACUGAAACAGAUCAUGAUAAAAUCAGGGAAAGACCUAAUAAGAGAACAGCUUGCAAAGUAUAUUUCUGGAUUGAAAGAAGAAUUUUCGAAAGGCAUGAUACUACCGAAAAAAGGAGAAGUUAAGCCAGACAGCAUUAAAGUCUUGGCAAGCGGAUUUAACAAGAAAAUGAACAUGGAUCCAAUAGUAAAUUCUAAAGAGCCAAAAAUAGGACAUAAGAUAGACACUACAACUAUUAAGCAAACUCACAAAUUCCAGUGCACAGCACAAGAAUUCUAUGAUGCCCUUACAAGAAUAGAAUUGGUGACAGCGUUCACAAGAGGCCAUGUUAAGUUGGAUCCUGUUAAAGGAGGAAAGUUCGAAUUAUUUGGUGGCAAUAUAGUUGGCAAAUUCAAUGAAUUAGUACCUGCUAAAAAAAUCGUUAAACAGUGGAGGUAUAAGCAAUGGCCGGAAGGGCAUUAUUCUACUGUUACGAUUCUUAUAGAUCAAAAGAGUGACCACACUGAAGUAACAUUAGAACAAUCUGGAGUACCAUCUGGAGAAGCCGAUGUAACGAAAGACAACUGGCAACGUUAUUACUGGGAUGCGAUGAAACAAGCAUUCGGGUUCGGAGCGUUCUUCACUUAGGCGAAUUUUAGUAAAAUUUUUGGCCACAUUUACAUUAUGGACAUGUAUAGUAUUGUAUUUCGUACCACCACAUUAAGGCAAUUUAGAUAAUUUCGGGUUCUUAUUGCUGUAGUCAAUUUUGUUUGCUGCAUUUUGGCAAGUUUUACAUGUUCUUUUAGUUCUUUUUUUAUAUCUAUUUAUUUUUGCCACCCUGUUCAGUGAUAAUAAAAUUUUCGUAUCAUUUUAAUGUUAUUUUCUUAACCCUUGUGGAUUUUUACUGUAGAAUGGA